CAUACACAUUGAACGUGGUUCUUCUGAUUCCUGUCCACGGGCAACUGUACGCGAAAUAAUGGUUCGCUUAAAAAAUAGAUAUUAUCUUUGUGAAAUCAUUCCCACUGGUGAAAAAAAGCAAGGAACCCACUUGGUAGGGGGAUUUACUGAGAGACUGGUGUUCAAAGCUGUUCAGAAAGAAGUACAGGAUCUGCAUGGAGACUAUGGGCAGGGGGUUCUAAUGGGAUCAUUCAGUGUUAGUUAUCUUAAUCCAGACACAAACAUGGUGAUGAUUCGAGCUGGUAGAGAUUACCAUAGGCUAGUGGGGUCAGCCCUGCCACUGGUAAAGAAAAUAGGACACCAGGAGGCAUUUCUGAGAACAAUACAUUUAGGAGGUACCAUCAGGUCUUGUCAGAAAUUCCUAAUCAAACAUAACAAACAGUUUGUGAAGUCUGCUACUGAAGGUGUGGAUGUGGCUGACCCAGAAGUCAAAGAGCAAGGAAAUGGCUGAAGUGAAGCAUUUGUGCAUAGGGAAGAAGAAACGGGUGACUGGUCUCACCAGAAGUUCAACAGGAGCAGAGGCCUUGUCAACCAGACACACUAUGUGUCAGGUUCUUGGUCAUGCAGUAAUCUAAUUACUCAACAUUCCUUCUGCCUUAUAAUGAAGACAUUUCAUAACAAGCUUCAUUAAUAUUCCACAGAAGAUGGCAACAUUUUUUUUUUGAUGUGAAUGGUGGUAAAUGAUAUGGUUAUGUGGUGAAAUUGUGAAAUCUUUUCAUGACAUACUUAGAGGAGGAAGAUCUAAUUAAAGGUCACCUUUCUGAGAUUUUCCAACCAAAUCCAAUAUCAUUGGAAAAUGAACCAUUUUUUCCUUUUCACAAACCAUUGCUUGAUCAUAUCCUGCACUUGGAUUCCGUUUCAUAUCAUCUUUAAUUAAGUGAUUCACCAAAUACCCAGUCAGUCUUUUAGACUGCUGUCUUUCUGUAUAUUUCAGAAGGAAUAUUGACAUACUUUUAUUUGUCAUACUUUUAUUUGUCAGUGAGUGGUUUAAUCAUUUUUAGGUCUAAAUUUAAAAGAAAAGUAGCUUUGCAGGAUAUGCAUACAAAGAAAAUGUGACUUUGGACAAUUUAUCUUUCAAAUAUUUAAUGAAAUACUUUUAAAAUAAACUCAUUAGAUAUUCAACAGGAAGAUACUUGAGUUCUGAUUCUAGCUGCUUGAUGCUGCAGGUUUUCAUAAUUUUUGCUAAGUAUGUUGUACUAUGAUUACAUGCAUUCUCCACAUGGUGGUCCCAUAUGGUAUUUUUUGUUUUAUAACCUCCAUCAAGGAGGUUAUAUUUUGCUUCCCAUUAGUUUGUUGUUUGUGCACACCAUUACGCAAAAAGUAAUGGACGGAUUUUGAUGAAAUAUUUAGGAUAGGUCCCAAAUGGCCCUAGGAAGAAAUGAUUAGAUUUUGGUGAUGAACACUUAUUAAUUAAUGAAUAAUUAAAAUUUUAAGAUAGGUUAGAAAUAUGUCAAAAAUGAAUGCUUGUCUAGUAUAAAUAUUGAUAUGACAAAAUCUCUAGUGGUUAAUGCUAUUGAAUAAAAGUUGAGUACAGGAAAUAA